AUAUAUCUUUUUUUGAGGCUUGUAAACAUGUUGCUAACUUCUUUUCGUUUUGCUCGUACCAUCAUUAGCCGUCAAAUGGUUCUUCGUCACUAUGCCAAAGACGUGCGCUUUGGACCCAAUGUUCGCGCACUCAUGAUGCAAGGCGUUGGUGUUUUAGCAGAUGCAGUAGAAGUGACAUUGGGCCCAAAAGGUCGUAGUGUUAUAAUUGAAGAGCCAUGGGGCCCCCCAAAAAUCACUAAAGAUGGUGUUACAGUUGCUAAAUCCAUUGCUCUACAAGACAAAUUUCAAAAUAUUGGUGUAAUGUUAGUACAAGAUGUAGCUACCAACACUAAUGAGAAAGCAGGUGAUGGAACCACAACAGCAACUGUAUUAGCUAGAGCUAUUGCUAACGAAGGGUUUGAGAAAAUAUCUAAAGGUGCCAACCCGAUUGAAAUCCGCAGAGGUGUGUUGCUUGCCAUUAAUUCUGCAGUAGAUAGUUUAAAAGCCAUGUCUCGACCCAUUAAGACAAAUGUCGAGAUUGAGCAAGUUGCAACAAUUUCAGCGAAUGGUGAUCAUUCGAUCGGUGUUCUUAUUAGUAAGGCCAUGCAGAAGGUUGGACGUGAUGGCGCUAUCACCAUAAAAAAUGGAACUUCCUUAUCUGAUGAACUUGAAUUCAUCGAAGGCUUAAAAUUUGAUAAGGGUUACUUGUCUCCAUUUUUUAUAAAUUCUUCAAAUGGUACAAAGGUUGAAUUCCAAAAUGCAUUAGUUUUAUUUUCUGCAAAAAAAAUUAGAGCCAUGUCGAGUAUUGUACCAGCAUUGGAAUUAGCAAAUCAACAGAAGAAGCCCUUGCUAAUAAUAGCCACCGAUAUUGAUGGCGACGCCCUGUCCACAUUGGUACUAAAUCGUUUACAGUUGGGACUACCAAUAGCUGCAGUCAAAGCUCCAUUGUUUGGUGAUGCUACCAAAGAGUUACUAAUUGACAUGGCUGUAGCUUCUGGUGGAGCAGUUUGUGGAGAUGAAGAACAUUUUUUUAAGAUUGAAAAUGUAAUGAUCAAUGACCUAGGUAAAGUGGGAGAGGUUAUUGUAACCAAAAAUAAUACCUUGCUCAUGAAUAGCGGUGGAAAUAAAGCCGAAAUUCAGCGUCGCAUUGACAGUAUUAAAGGUCAGUUAUCAGACACCAAAUCCACUUACGAAAAAGAAAAAUUGCAGGAACGCAUAGCAAACCUAUCUAGUGGUGUUGCAUUAUUGCGCGUUGGUGGAUCUAGUGAAGUGGAAGUCAACGAAAAAAAGGAUCGCGUCACUGACGCUUUGAACGCCACCCGCGCCGCAAUUGAAGAAGGAAUUGUACCAGGCGGAGGAACCGCUUUGUUGAGAUGCAUUCCCACUUUGCAGGCUCUCAGAGGCCAGAACCAAGAUCAAAAUAUGGGGAUAGAAAUUAUUUGUGCAGCGCUUAGAAAGCCUUGUAUGACCAUUGCUAAAAAUGCUGGAGUUGAUGGAGCAACUGUUGUUGCCAGGGUCGAAAUGGGAGCCGGUGAUUUUGGUUACGAUGCAUUAAAAAAUGAAUAUGGAAAUCUAGUGGACGCAGGUAUCAUUGAUCCCACAAAGGUUGUGCGUACAGCUCUUAUGGACGCAGCAGGGGUAGCAUCUUUGCUAACAACAGUAGAAGCAGUUGUUACUGAAUUUCCGUUGAAAAAGCCGGGUUCUGCCGAUUCGCAAAAAAUAGGUGGACGUUAAUGCUUAGCUUAAUAUAAAUAAUGAAGUCAAAAAUUAUAAUAUUCAAAUAGUUAACAUUUUAUCUUUCGUAAACGAUUUUAAUUAAACAUUUGAUUACAAAUUAAAAAAUUUC